UCAACUGCUGUCAUUUUGCCUUACUAGGCUGCUAUGACGGCACUAUGGAACUUGUCGAACUUCACGAUCAUCCCGAGUACAUAAACGCUUGCUGCGAGAUCUUGAACAACCAAUGGAAACGCAGUCAUGCUGCUCGGUACCGAAGCCUCAGCAAAUCCAGCAGCGAUUUGCCCGUCUCGCUGGCAUUGAUCAGGCAUCGAGAGGGCCUGGAUGGCCAAGUGAUUGGCCAUGCCAAGCUCUGUCGCGUGCUGCACAACGAUGAAGCCUGUUUUGUCGAAUCUGUGUUAGUUAUUCCAGAGGAAAGAGGAAAAGGUUUCGGGAAGCUAGUCAUGAAGCUCACCGAAGAUUAUGCUCGCAAGAAAGGCUUCACGAGGUGCUACCUGUCAACACACGACAAGGAACGCUUCUACGAGGCUAUUGGAUACACGAGCUGCCCUCCUGUUUGUGGGAUUUCAGGCACAGGGGGCCACAUGGAACGGUUUGUCAGGCUCUUCGACGGCAAACCAAACGAACCACCUACCAAAGACAAAUCGUUCGGCGACAACCGUUCACAAAAAGUCGACUGCUCAGAGCCGUCGGGACAGCUGCCACUGCCGCCACCUCCUCCCCCGCCACCGCGGCCUUCAUCACAGCAGAAAGCGAAUGUGACCGAUCAGGUGUGGAUGAUGAAACAGCUGUGAAAAAAUACUUUGGGAGGUCAAGUGAACUUUGUUAUGUUAAAGGUGUUCGCGAUCAAUUUCAAUGCAUUUUAUUUUCGGGCACCAGUGAAGCCUCACUGAAAAGAAUCUACAUGCGCCAGUAGUUGCUCCGACAAAUGCGCGCAGGCUCGCCAAUCGUGGGGACAUCCUGGAGCAAUUUGUUCAAUAAAUUGGAGGCUUCGCUUCUGUACUGCAAAUCAUUCCAAAAAGCAACAAGAAAGGGGCACUAAGAUGCAACAGUAGACCAGUUUAAAUGGAAAAAAAUAUGUUCGAGAACUUUAGUGUUAAAUUUGCGAUCACAGAAUCAUUAUCUGAAGAGAAAAAUUUUCGUUGCUCAGACGAAUGUGUGCAAACUCGCCAAUGAAGUUCUGGAGCAAUUUGUAUCAAUAAAAUCGAUGCUUUGCUCAAGUAAUGAUGAUUCUAAAAAACAAUAAAGCGACGCUGAAAUGAAACAGUAGACCAGUGUAAACUGUUAAAUUGUUAAUCGAGAACUGUAUUGGUAAUUUUGCGAUCAAAGGUUCACUACUUGGAGUGAAAACGCUUCAUGAAUUUUUGCACUUGAAUGGAAUUCUGCACCUGAAUGUCUGUGUGCUAUGUCAUAGAUUUUUCCUAAAUGCUUUUUUUUGUAUUUUGGCCUCAUCAACUCAAUAUUGCCUGAAACUUGUCAUACUAGGUCUCUGGCUACCUUAGAACACAAUGUGAUUAAUUUUUGACGAUAAACAAUCAUGUAGACCAUACCAGACACGGUCAAAAUCUACGAUGGCACAGAGAGAUGGUAUGGGAACCUCAAGGCAGCAUGCGCCACCUGCAUUUUUUUUUCUGAGUUAUCUCGCUUAUCAAGUGCCUCUUCAUGGCAGGAGUGGCGUUUUCAUAUUGUGGAAGUGUAAUUUGCUAAUACGAGCAAACCUGUCUGUGUUUGGCGUACCUUUAAGUGGUAGUGGUAUUCACACAUACACCUUAGUAUACCUCCCUCACCUGUGC